GGUUGAAUGACAGUGGUGUUGAGUAAUUGUAAAUAUGUCAUUAACGGAGGUUAUAUGUCACACGUAGUCUCAGAUAACACUACAUAACUUUGAAACCGUUUCAUCCUAUUGUAUAAUUAAACAAUGUCGAUAGUUUUCUGUCGAUUCUGAUUAUUUCCUUAUACCAUGAUGGGAAUAUUGUAUGAGAAAAGGCCACUAAAACGGCCUAAAUUAGGGCCGCCAGACGUCUAUCCUCAAGAACCUAAACAGAAAGAAGAUGAACUUACGUCCACAAAUGUCAAACUGGGCUUUGCCACAAUGCCCCAGAUGUCAGAGGAAUUUGGGACAGCAAGACAUUAUAAUGUCACUGCUGCCAAAGUUGGAGCAUAUUUCAAUGCAAUUUUGGCUAAGAAAGAAGAGCUCUCUACGAUGCCAGACACUGCAAGGAAACGACAACAAAUCAACCCAAAAGAUAAUUUUUGGCCAGUAACUGCUAGAACAAAAAAUGCCAUUGAGGCCUGGUUCAAAGAUUUGUCUGGGUGUAAACCACUGAUAGCUCUUGCUAAAAAAGUUCCUAACUUCAAUAAGAAAGAGGAGAUAUUCAUGAUGCUUUGUGAGUAUCAAGUACCAAUGCUUAGAGCAGCUUGGUUCAUUAAACUUAGCUCUGCUUAUACAGUAGCAGUUUCAGAAGCCAAAACAAAAAAGAGGCAGUUGCCUGAUCCAACUACAGAAUGGACAGGAACACUUAUUAAAUUCUUGAAGGAUCAGCUUUCAAAACUACAGGAGUAUUAUUAUAUAAAUAAUAAUACAACAAAUAGUACUAGUAGUAAUGGUAUUGCAAAUAAUUCUUGCAGUGGGAACAACACUGGGAAUAACAAUAAUAAUAACAACAAUAACAAUAAUGUUAGUAAUAAUGCUAAUAAUAAUAAUGGAGUAGCUAAUAAUCAGCCAGCUACACCAAAUUCAAGUAACCAAGUAGCAACUGGAAAUACUAUGAACGAGGAACAUAAAUUAUCAUUAAAACAAUGGCAUUAUUGCAUACAAUUGGCAAAGUAUAUGUUUGAAGAAGGUUUAUUAGAUAGGCAAGAAUUACUACAAUGGAUUUUAGAAUUAUUAGAUAAAAUUAAAUCUUCCCCUUCGGAAAAUGGUAUUUUGAAACUUCUGUUGCCAUUGGCAUUACAGUAUUUAGAGGAAUUCGUGCAAUCUGAAUUAUUGGCCAGACGUUUGGCAUAUUUGUGUUGCCGCAAAUUGGCACAUAUGUGUAGUAACGUAGAAACCAAUGGCAAUCCACAAAGUCCGUCCAUAAAUAAAAGUGAUGUUAACAGUGGGAAAGACACUACCAUUACUAAUCAAGUUCAAAAUCCAUUAACUGCUGCCUUUAAUGACUAUUUGUCUUGUCCACAUCACAGGGAUGUGGUUUAUAGUUUGUCAACAAUAAUACAGGUUAUAACACUAGAAUGUCCUACUGCGUUAGUGUGGAAUAGCGUUGGCGAAGGAAAAGCUCCAUCUGUAUUAAAUGGUUCUCCUUUAGAUUAUUUACCAUGUCCCCCUACAGCUUUACCAUGUCCGCCUGUGAGUGCAACUAAUCCUACAAUAAAACAACUGAAAAUUGCUCAAAAAAAUAUUCGAGCAAGAUCUCAAGCUGCUGAAGGAAAAUGGUCAUGUGAUAAGUGGCAGCAAAGCAGUGCUGGAAUAACAACAACUAAAGUACUGGCAGCCUUAGAUGCUUUAGAUCGGCAUAGUUUUGAUAGAAUGGAUUCUACUAAUUCGUUAGACACUUUGUAUGCUAAAAUAUUUACAUCACCUCCAAAAGAUAAUACUAAUGAACGAGAUACAAAAACGGAAUAUAAUCCGCAACAAGAUUCUGCUGUAGUUGAAAUUCUAUGUGAAUGGGCAGUGAGCGCAGAAAGGUGGGGAGAGCAUAGAGCAAUGGCAGUUGCAAAGCUGCUGGAGAAACGGCAGAGUGAAGUUACUGGGGAAACGAACGAUAACGAUGAUAAAGACAGCAUCUGUAGUAAUGGAAAUCCACCCGUGCUUCCAAUUUUUCAAUCAUUACUUAUGAAAUUCUUGGACAUGGAUGCCCCGGUAUUAGAUAAUACAACAACUCAGUCAAAAGUUCAGUUCACGAAUUUGGUUCACUUAUUUUCAGAAUUAAUUAGACAUGAUGUAUUUUCACACGACGCAUACAUGUGUACACUCAUCUCAAGAGGAGAUCUCAUACAGGGCCCUGUGGCUAGCAAACCUGGAACUCCGAGUAAUCGAGAACAAAUCGAUGAAGACAGCUUGUUUACUGGGAUAGAUUUAAAACCAACAAAAUUAGAAGUACCAGAUCACGGACGAACGAUGGAUUAUGAUGACAGUAAAAUUGACGAUGAUUUGGAUAAAUUAUUACAACACAUCAAAGAAGAUCAACAAAAUAGCAUGGAUGCACCUGACAGUCCUAAAGAAGAUGCAUUAGCUGGGCAUGGAACUCAAGAAGGACUGGAUUCAAAAAUACCAUCAAGUCACAGUAGACAUUUAUUGUAUACAACACAUUUCCCAUUACCACAAGAUGAAACAUGCAGUCAACAUGACUGUAAUCAACGACAUGUAUUACUGUAUGGAGUAGGUCGCGUUAGAGACGACGCUAGACAUAUUGUUAAAAAAAUGACGAAAGAAGUAUGUAAAUUAUUCGGAAAAAAAUUUAGCAUUGACGUUGCAGAAGGUGGUAAAGUAAAGAAACAUUCCCGGAGUGAAUUCAACUUUGAAGCGAUUACGCUGAAGUUUCAGAAUCUGAGCUAUUUCGAUCAACACGUAGUGACGUGGCAAUGCGCGACACAAGUUAUAGAAAUGUUGAAUACAUUUGCAUUGGCUGGUUCGUCUUAUUUACCAGUCCAAGAACAUGUAGCAUUUCUAUUCGAUUUAAUGGAAUUAGCGUUAAAUAUAUAUGGCCUGAUAGAUGUUUGCAUUCAAAUACUAAAGGAAUUACCAGAAGUUGAAACACAGUUGGGAAUUAGAAACAGUCAGCUUGUUAGAAGCUAUACUACAAGUUUAAGUUUAUAUGUUGUAGGAGUAUUAAGAAGAUAUCAUUGUUGUUUGUUAUUAUCUCCGGAACAAACAACAGCGGUAUUCGAUUUACUUUGUAAAGUUGUAAAGCAUGUAUCCAAUCCUAGUGAUUGUAGUUCUGCUGAACGAUGUGUAUUAGCGCAUCUUUACGAUUUAUACUCGUCUUGUUCGUUGCUGAAAACGAAACCACAUGGAGUUGAAGCAUUUAGCAAUGCUUAUCCUAAAAUCCGAACAGCUCUUUACAGCACGUUACAACCAACAACGUCGAGUCAUGUGUAUAAUUCACAAUUUAUGGUAGACGUUUUUACCAGUCCAAGACGCGGUGGAAAAAUCGAACCGCAAUGGGCUAGACAGUUGAACGAGACACCGGCGAAUCGUUACAGUUUUGUUUGUAACGCAAUAGUUGCAGUUUGCAGUGAGACGGAUAAUGAUAAAUUAAAUGACAUUGCGAUAACAUGCGCGGAAUUAACAGCUUGUUGUAAUGCACUUAAUGCCGAAUGGCUCGGAGUCCUUAUGGCACUUUGUUGUUCUUCAAAUAGCUCCGCCUUUUAUAUUGACGUGUUAAAUCAGGUUGAUGUACAAGACCUAAGUAUACAUAACUCUCUGGCUGUAUUCACGUCAAUUUUAAUUGCAAGACACUGCUUCUCAUUGGAGGAUUUUGUUGUGCAUAUCGCAUUACCAUCCUUAGUUAAAGCUUGUAAUGAAGGUCGCGGAGACGCAGAUAUGGAAGCUGAAGCUGGAGCACGUCUAACCUGCCAUUUGCUUCUACGACUUUUCAAGACUGUCGAAUGUCCCCAACCGGCGCUUUAUUCCGUGAGCACAAGUCCUCAUCCUCUACCGAAUGGAAAUUCCAGGGGUUACAGUAUAAAAUUAAGCUGUGAUAGACACUUACUGGCAGCUGCUCACAAUAACAUCAGGGUCGGUCCGGUUUUAGCUGUACUGAAAGCUAUCUUAGUUGUUGCCGAUGCAACUGCUGGUAAACAACCUCCAAAGAAACCAGAUGUGCCAAUAAAUCAUUCGAAUAAAGCAGGAGGACCAGCUAGUGUUGGUGUUGGUGUUGGGGUAACGACAGGUGGACCAAGUGAAUUGUCUAUCAGUCAUAUCCUAGGUACCAGUGAUAUUCUAGGAGGUGGCGAUGACUUGGGACUUGAUCUAGCAAUAUCUUCAUCUAGCAGCAGCGCUGGAAUGACUACAGAAAAUGUGAAAGGAUUGUCAGACUUUGCGCAACAUGUCCUCAGACAAAUCUGCAGCCAAGAGUGGGUUUUAGAAAGAUGUUUACAAAACCCAGAAGAACUUUGUCAUCCCGAUAUGUUACUCGAUAAUAUGCUGACACCGCGUCAAGCUCAACGGUUACUUCAUAUGAUCUGCUAUCCAGAGACUUCUACAGACGCAUUUAUUGACCAGAAGACUCACAUAACAAACAUUUUGGAAAAUCUGGAGCAAUGGAGUUUAAGAAUGUCGUGGCUUGAUCUGCAACUCAUGUACAAACAAUUUCCUCCAGGAUCGAGCGAUCUUUCACAGUGGUUGGAUACCGUUGCCAAAGCUGCAAUCGAUGUGUUUCAAUUGAAUACUAUGUCAAGUAAGCCAGAUAAACGGUCUGGUUCGAUAUGGUUAGUUGCACCGCUUGUUUCAAAAUUACCAAGCGCAGUGCAAGGUCGAGUCUUAAAAGUAGCGGGCCAGGUAUUAGAAUCCGGUAAUUGGUCAAAAACAGCGGCAGGUCGUGAGAGAAGUAGAUCGAAAUCGCCAUCUCUGUUUAAUCAUCAACCGUUUCUCUCGUUAGUACUCACUUGCCUCAAAGGUCAGGACGAUCAAAGAGAGGGCCUUCUGAUGUCUCUGCAUUCGCAGCUAUCGCAGUUCUUGAACAUUAGCAAAGAGGAGAAAAAUUUUGUUACCGAAGAUCCUAAGACGAGAGAGGUGUUGCAAGAUGCAUUGCAAUUAAGAUUUAGUCUCGUCGGUGGAGUCUUUGAUACUAUACAAAGAAAUACGACUGCUACCACAGACUGGGCUAUCUUAUUGGUUCAGCUGGUUAGCUAUGGUGUUAUAGAUUUAAAUAAUAAUUCUGGAUUGUUUACUACUGUCAUAGAUAUGUUAGCAACCCUAAUACAUUCUACUCUAGUUUCCGAUUCGCAGUCCGAGAAGGAUGAAAAUAAAAAACAUUAUCAAAACUUAAUGAAAAAGUUGAAAAAGGAACUCGGCGAUAGAAAUUCUCCCAGUAUUCGAUAUGUCAGACAAUUGUUACCACUGCCAAAAUUAACGAUGGAAGUAAUUACGUGUGAGCCGGUUGGAUGCUUGACAGACACAAAAGGAAAUAAAAUAGCUGGUUUUGAUAGUAUUGAUAAAAAACAAGGUCUACAAGUAUGUGAUUCCCAAAGGGUAUCUGCAUGGGAAGUAUUAGAAGGUCAUAAAAAUCCAGCACCAAUUUCUUGGGCCUGGUUUAGAGCAGUUCGAUUGGAACGUAAGCCUCUUACAUACCAAAAUGCUCAUAAGCUUUUACGAUAUCAUACACAUAGUCAAAUUAGACCUCCUAGCCAUUACUUGGAGCCACCACCAUUACCUCCGGAAGAUUUAGAACCAGAUAAAAAGGAAUCAGAACCUGGCAAAGCUGAUACACCAAUGAGUAUCGAUUCUCCUGGAAGAGUAACAGGUAGUGUUGGCAGUAGUGGAGUUGGUAAUGCUAUUACCAAUGGCAAAGGGAAAGCUAUGAAGACACGAAAGCAUAGAAAGAAUAGGGGAGCUGCUACACCUACUACACCUGUUUCACAACAAAUUCAGCAACCACCAAAUCAACUACAACAAAUGUCAUUUGGAAAUCAGCAAGUACCCGUUAGCCAACAACCUGGCAUGUUUACUGGUCAACCGCCGCAACAUCAACAGCCUUGGUACACCAAUCAGCAAACUCACGCACCAGCUCAGCCAUAUGCAUAUGGACAACAAUUACCACCAACUCCAGUUGGACCAAGAUAUGACAGACCAGGCAUGAACAAUCAAUCAAAACAGGCACUUUCUCACAUGUUACGCUUACGGCUACCGUCCAAUCAAUUAAUAAGCUCUCAGCAACAAGCAAAUGCUGCACCUGUCGCUGGGCCAGGAACGUUCCAAGGAAUGCAGAGACAACAAUUCAUCAGACAACAAUUGAGAGCUCAACAUGGAGCUCCAAAUAUCAAUCCACAACAAGGAAUGUUUGCUUCGCAACAGCAGCAACAACAACCGCAACAACAAGGAAUUUACACUGGAAUGCAACAGGGAAUGAAUCAAAAUUAUGCAGGAUAUGGGGGUCAACAAAUGAUGCCACAACAACAACAACAGCAGCAGCAACAACAGCAAGCGCCUCAACAAGCACAGCAACAACAACAGUUGUUGCAGCAGCAGCAGCAGCAACAAGGUUUAAUGAAUCAACAACAGAACAUGAUGUUUUCUAAUCAGCAGCAAAUGAUGGGACCUCAAAGGGCGCAAGAGUAUAUACCACAACAACGUAUGCAACCUGGAGCUACGAGGCCACCGUACCUUCAGGCUCCAAAUGUUACAAUGAAUACAAUGGGUCCAAUGGGAGGUGGAGUUCAAAGUCAACCAGCACCACCAUAUAGGCAAACCAGUGGAAAACCUGGUACAGUUGGUGUAACGGGAGUAGGCACUACUAAUGUCGGCUUACAACAAAAUCAACAAUUUCAACAGCAACAGGCGAUAAACCAACAACGCAUGAGACAACAAAUGCUUGCAAUGCAGCAACAACAACAACAGGCACAGCAGCAACAGCAAGCACAGCAGCAACAACAACAACAAGGUAAUGCCGGUGGACAACAGCCAACUCCACAAUUAGUGACACAUUUACAACGGCACUUAAGUCAACCACCGCAACACUAUCAGCAUCAACCACCGCCUUAUUAGUAAUUUAAUCUGUAUAUAAUUAAUUAAUAUGUUGUAUAAUUAACAUAAACUGUGUAGACUGAGUCAGAAGAAUUACGUAACUUAAUUUGCGAUGUGAAUGUAUAAAGCGUGCCAUUGCAGAGGCAAUAAACAGACAAGAAUUUCAGAAAAGUCUUAAAAGCUGUUUCUUUCGUUUUUACUUCUUUUUAACGUUAAUAUUGUGUAUAAUAUAGGGAAAAUAAUCAGUGAUAAUUGUUUAGAAAUAUUGUGUAAUUCCUGUACUCUCAAACCAAAUAAAUUAAAAUAUAAAUUUU